AUGAAAGGUUCUGAGAUGGAUAGAUAUGUGAAUGACUUUCUCACUCACUGCGACCUCAUCGAUAGACGUUUUUACAUUCAAAACGAAGGCAAAGAAUGUGAGAUUAGUAGUUGGAAUUCUAAAGAAACCUACAAAUUGCCUGAUUGUUGUGCUAUGACUCAAUGUGAUGGCUUUGGCAAUUUUGCUCCACUUAAGAAGGGAACGGUAAUUCCUUUAUUAGCAGCCUUCAAGCAAAAUUUCUAUGCUACUAAAAUGAAAUUAGUAGAAAUAGCUAGUCCCAAAGUUGGAAUAAAGACGACCAGAUGGGUGUCUAAAGCAUUCGGUUUUCAACACUUGGAUGCAAUUAUAUUCAAACGCGGAAUUAUUGUUUGUGGGAGAGCAUUAAGGUUUUACGAAAUUACACCGAUUUCUAUUCUCCUUCCACUGAACUCUUCAACCAAUUCCAGCUCCGAUAACUCAAUUAUACUUACUGAAACAAGCCAGAUGCUGAAUAUUUCUCAAAUGCUGGUCGUAAGUGACAAGUCAUUUAUCACUUCAUGUUCCACUGCAUCAUUUCACAUCUCCUACUUUGAUCUUCCAGCCUUGUGUAAAAUAAGCAGAAACCAUAAACAAGGUCAUCAUAGCCACUGA